CCCGGACCUCUCAGUCACGUGAUGAGGAAGAAAGUCACCUGACCUGUUGUAGUCUGAAGCAGAAAACAAAGCACAUAGGGGAGGUGGGAGCGAGUGCAGCCGGAGCCGGAUCCAGGAAGGACCAAAGAAACCAUGGAAUACUGGAUGACUGACAAUAACCAUACUGUCAAUAGUAAUGGUUCCAAUUUAGCAAUUGGCUUCACAUCGUCCAUUGUAUCCGUUGUUUUAUUUGGUUCUAACUUUGUCCCGGUAAAGAAGUUUGACACAGGAGAUGGCAUGUUCUUCCAGUGGGUUCUUUGUGCAACUAUAUGGAUAGUGUCUUUAGUGGUCAAUUUAAUUCUUCGGAGUCCCAAAUUCUGGCCUCUUGCUAUGGUUGGAGGUUUCGUUUGGGCCACUGGUAAUAUUACAGUCGUUCCAAUUGUAAAGACAAUUGGACUUGGUUUAGGCCUUCUUAUUUGGGCAUCUACAAACCUUCUAACUGGAUGGGCAAGUUCAAGGUUUGGACUGUUUGGCAUUAACCCGGAAGAAGUAGAAAGGCCAUAUUUAAACUAUGCAGGAGCAGGUCUUUCAGCUUUAAGUGCAAUAAUUUUUCUAUUUGUGAAAACUGAAGUAAAAACUGAUACCUCAGAAUCAGAAACAACCCCAAUUCUAAGGAAUAGUAUUAACAGCCAGGAACACACUAUUACAGAUGAAUCAUGGGUAGACAAAUUAUCACCUUUACAAAGGCGAAUAAUAGGGUCAGUAAUGGCAGUAGUAGCUGGAGUUUUGUAUGGUUCCUGCUUUAUUCCAGUUCUGUAUAUCAAAGAUCACAGUAAAAACAAUGAAAGUAUAUACGCUGGAUCAAGUCAGUUUGAUGUUGAUUAUGUGUUUGCACAUUUCAGUGGAAUAUUCCUCACUAGCACUGUAUACUUUCUCAUUUACUGUGCUGUCAUGAAGAACCACCCCAAAGUCUACCCUGAAGCAAUACUGCCUGGAUUUAUCUCUGGGACGCUGUGGGCAAUCGCCAAUUGCUGCUGGUUCCUGGCUAAUAACUAUCUAAGCGCCGUGGUCAGCUUCCCCAUAAUAACUACGGGUCCUGGAUUGGUUGCUGCACUUUGGGGAGUUCUAGUUUUUAAAGAAAUAAGGGGAAUAAGAAACUACCUGCUGCUGAUACUGGCAUUCUGUAUCGUACUCCCAGGUUCUCUCCUAACAGCUUUUUCUAAAACAUAAUUUCUCCACUAGAUGGUGCCACGUGUGUGUUAUUGUGAAAUAUGUAAACUGCAGCAUGUUUUUCUUUUUUUUUUUACUUUUUUUCUAUGAUGUUACAGUGGAUAUGUUUAAAUAUACUGCCCAUACUUUUAUAACUGUGCAUUCAGUGUAAUUAUUUCAUAGAAUUUUCCUUAAUUUUUUGUAUCCGCCUUUAUUGUUCUGUGUACAGGACUUCUGUGUGGUUGACAUGACAUGCACACACAAAUGAUUGCAGUAUUAUGUGCAUUACUAAAAGCCAUGGGAGAAUGAGGAGUUUUUUUUUUUCUGCAUACCAUUAACAUUGGUGUUCUGAACACCUUAUAUAUUAUGUGUGUACAGUUAAUACUGAACAACUCCAUACCAUAUCUGUGAUAUUUUGGGGCUUUAACCCCUUAAGGACUCAGCGUUUUUCCUCAUCACCUUCUAAAAAUCAUAACGCUUUCAGUUUUGCACACAAAAUUCCAUAUGAUGGCUUAUUUUUUGCGCCACCAAUUCUACUUUGCAGUGACAGUAAAAGUAAUUUUACCAAAAAAUCCACCGCAAAACGAAAAUAAAAUUAAUUCUGCGACAAAAUUGAAGAAAAAAUUUCACUUUGUAAAUUUUGGGGGCUUCCGUUUCUACGCAGUGCAUUUUUCGGUAAAAAUGACACCUUAUCUUUAUUCUGUACGUCCAUACAGAUUAAAUGAUACCCUUCUUAUAUAGGUUGGAUAUUGUCGUACUUCUGAAAAAAAUCAUAACUACAUGCUGGAAAAUUUAUACGUUUAAAAUUGUCAUCUUCUGACCCCUAUAACUUUUUUAUUUUUCCGCGCACGGGCCGGUAUGAGGGCUAGUUUUUGCGCCAUGUUCUGAAGUUUUUAUCGGUACCAUUUUUGCAUUGAUCGGACUUUUUGAUCGCUUUUUAUUCAUUUUUUUAUUAUAUAAAAAGUGACCAAAAAUACGCUAUUUUGGACUCUGGAAUUUUUUUGCGCGUACGCCAUUGACCAUGCGGUUUAAUUAAUGAUAUAUUUUUAUAGUUCGGACAUUUACGCACGUGGCGAUACCACAUAUUUUUAUUUACACAGUUUUUUUUAUUUAUUUAUGGGAAAAGGGGGGGUGAUUCAAACUUUUAUUAGGGAAGGGGUUAAAUGACCUUUUAUUAACUUUUCUUUUUCACUUUUUUUUUUUGCAGUGCUAUAGCUCCCAUAGGGACCUAUAACACUGCACACACUGAACUUUUACCCUGAUCCCUGCAGAGCCAUAGCUUUGCAAGUGUCAGCGUUCUAGGGGCUCAAUUGCUCAAGCCUGUAGCUCAGUCUUGGAGCAAUCAAACGCAGAUCGGAUGCGACGGAAACAGGUUAGGGGACCUCCGCUCGUGUCCUAGCUGAUUGGGACAUUGCGAUUUUAUCGCAAUAGUCCCGAUCAGCCCAACUGAGCUGCUGGGAAGCUUUUACUUUCAUUUUGGACGUGGCGAUCAACUUUGAUCGCUGUGUCUGAAGAGUUAAUAGCGCACGGCACAACGAUCGAUGCUGCACGCUAUUAGCCCAGGGUCCCAGCUAUCAUAAGCAGCCGGGACCAACCCGGUGUGAUGCGGGGUUACGGUAGGACCAGAGUGUUUUUUGCACAUGACCACUUUCACUUUAAGCAUUAAUAACUCUGGGAUGCUUUUACCUUUCAUUCUGAUUCCGAGAUUGGUAUUUUGUGACAUAUUCUUCUUUUUAUUAGUGGUAACAUUUUGUCGAUACUUGCAUCAUUUCUUGGUGAAAAAUUCCAAAAUUUGAUGAAAAAAAUUGAAAAUUUAGCAUUUUUCUAACUUUGAAGCUCUCUGCUUGUAAGAAAAAAUGGACAUUCCAAAUAAAUUAUAUUUUGAUUCACAAAUACAA